UAGCUAUUAUGGUACGGCAUCACUCCCCAAUGGAACGCUGCCAACGUACUCGUACGCCUACAAGGACUACGGGAUCAUGUACGAGACUCACUCGCUCGAGCAGGAUCCGGUGGAUUCGCGCGAACUGGACAAGUACCUCAAGUAUCCGGACAGCAACCAAAACUUUAAUUCGUACGACAGCUCAGGCUAUCAGCAUCACGUAGCUGCGGCUGCAAACGCUGGAUCACUUUACGGUCUACCCCAGGGUGCUGAGUAUCAUUAUGGUUAUCAUUCCACUGGUGGUGUUCUUGCACAUCAAUCACCACAGCAUCAGCAACAGCAGCAGCAGCAGCAGGCGCCAUCACAACAGCACCAGCAGCAGCAGCAGCAUCAACAUCAACAACACCAGCAGCAGCAACAACACCAGCAACAGCAACAUCAACAACAGGGACAUCCUGUAUCGCACCCUGCAGCCGCCGGAGGACAAACGGCAACACCGACCACUCCGGUCGCCCUCUAUGCCCUUCCCCUGCAGCAUCCUCAUCUGGUGGGUGGUCCAGCUGGAGGAGCGCUCGUAUCCGGUGGACAGCACGGUGGACAUCCGCUUGGACCGAACCAUCCUGCGCUUAGCGACAUCUACGUUACGAACGAGCAGCUGAAGGAUGACGAGUUCAGCAACAUUCUGGCCGGUGUCCGUAAGACCUGCUACAGCAACUGACGUCCAGUUCGGGCACAUAGGGUAAUACUCAGCUCGUAGCCAGGUAUAACCGGGGGAGAUAGCAUAUACGAGGUGCACUAUGGAGAGAUUUUGAAAAACCUGCACACUGCAGCCGGUUACAACCGAUUUCCGCUUGUGUGGGGCAACCGCUUCGGCGCCCAUGAUGUCUAGAUAAAUGUAAACAACCCAUUUUAACACAAAAACUUUACUCACUCGUUAAGGUCCUGCAAUUAGGCGAAAUGCGCGUCUAGAUAAUCCCUGUUUUUAAUUAUAAUAAUACUAGUACCCGCCUUUAUGCUAUCGAUGGAGUAUCACCAUCAGCCUCUCCCCUGUAUCUGUGGCCACGAACCUAGCCUUUGACCCACCGAGAUGGACAAGUUACUGCGCUCACGAGCAUGCCUUGCAUGUUCAGUAGUAGACUCAUCCAUUCAUCUACUUUAAUUGUGUGCGGUGCCGGCACACGCCAGUGUACACCAAAGGUUGCUCCCCUUUCCCCGACUUCCACACUCGUAUCAGUUGGAUCUAAGCUGUAUAUGUUUGCAAUUGAUUUCUUACGAAACAAAACUCCCACAACUUUCUUUUUCUUCUUCUUUGAGACAACAGUGUUUGUGUGUGUAUGUGUGUGUGUAGAAUACGAGUGUUAUAAAGCAAAUUUUCACUAAAUUUAAGUUCCAAGUACAUUUGUUCAUUGUGUAUGUGAAACAUCUUUCGAUAUACAUAUUUUUUUGUUUUGUAGUUAAAUUGACAAUGUCACAUUAGGUGUAGAUGUACAUAGGCAGGGACUCAUAAUCCUUGAGCAUACAUAUGAAUUCUUGUGUGCUAGACAGAUAGCAGUAGUAGUAGUAGCAGUAGAAAUAGUAAAGAUAAUGCAAACACGCACAGUGAACUUAGACAAACGCAAGUAAACUUAAACCAUUCCCUCUUCAACAAACACAUCCACACUCCCGAAUUCUAACCGAACAUUCCGUAGCAUAAGAAUUAUGAUGUAAGAAACAUAAAAGACACGCGCAUGCGAGAAAAGAGUAUAGUAUCAGCUGAUUGGGAAUUCGCGAUUCUCCAACAACCAAGUUUCAAACCUGGCUCGUGAUACUCCCAAUUCAAUCCACUCAGCCAAAACAAACGAAGCUGACGGAAUAAAAUCCCAAGAAAACCGAUGGAUGUAGGAAAUGCAGAUAGCGAACAAGUGUGUGCGUUUGUGUGUUAGAGAGAACGAACAGGAGAACCGAUUGGUGGCGCCUCGAUCUAAGUAGUCGUUAGGUAGUGCAGUGAUGCACUACGCGUGUGGUGCGUGGUACCUAACGUGUCACCUUGUGUUCAGCACCGCACCAAAACGUAGCAUGCGGCAAGCAUCGUGACGUCGUUCUGAUUUCUGGAUCGAAUCGAAGUAGACAUUGCACAUUUUAACGUUCGAAAACCGAGGACCCCUUUAGUUAACUUAUUAGCGCAGCUGCACGCACACGGCAUCGUG